AUGAAUCAUUUAUCAAUGUUUUUGUUAGUACUCGUAACAUGCGCGUUAUCGAAAAAUGAAAAGUUAAACUUUUUUCCUAAUCUUCCAGUUGUAAGUAACUUUAAUAAUUCACCGAAAUAAUAUUUUUCACGUGCGCAUAUUAUAUCAUUUAUAAUAUAACUAUGGAUUUUUACUUUAAAUAAUAACAGGGAGAAUACAAGGUGUAUCCCAAAGCUAUUAUACAAUGUAAACAAAAACAACAUCUAUUUGAAUAUAAUUUGUAUUUGAAUAGAAUAUCAAGUAACACUUCUGAAGUCAAAGGUAAUAUUACGUGUAUGAAACCAAUGGACGAUUCUGACAAUGUAAGUAUGUUUAUACAUGGUUUUUAUUAAAAUUGAAUUGUGCCGUCUUGCAAAAACUGCCUAAGUGAUAUUUUAACUGUUCGUAAACAAUAAUAUUUAUGUGAAUAUUCAUCACAAUAGCUUGAAAAAUCACAAUCUAUUGAAAAUGUAUGUUUUGAUAUAUUCACAGAAAGAUGUAGAAUUUAACAAAAAAUUAUUUAAUUGUUUUGUUGAAUUUAUGAAGGUAAAGAAAAAAUGUAAAAAAUAAAUAACUGACUAACUUCUUUAUCAAAUGAAAAAACCCGAAUAUCUAACUUACUCAAACCACUUGGUCAAAAUCAAAUAUACGAAAAUAUGAAUAAUAUUAAUAAGAAUAAUUUUAUCUUAUUUUGAAUUUUAUUAGACAAAACAGCAAAUUAUUGAAAUCGUACGCAUAAUAAAAUAAACGUGAUAAUUUAUUAAUAAUUAUAAGAAACAGUUGAACGAAUAACCUGAUGUAAGUUUAAACAUUGAUUUAACAUAAAGUAUUAAAAAUUAUUUCAGUUAAUUUUAAUCUAGGGGUCAGAAAACUUUUUUAAUAAUUUUCAAUCUGGUAAAUUACUAAAAAUAUUUGUACUACAUACAUACGUACCUAGGUACGUACCUAGGUAUUACAAUUAUAAUCGCAAAAUGUUAUUAAUUUUUAAUUUGAUUUCACUAGGCGACUAUCAUAUCAGUUAGUAUUAAACCGGACAUCCGUCUGUAACUUUGAAAAUCGUGAUUAUAAUUUGUAUUAAUCAGACGAUUCAUCGUAAUAUUACUAAUAGUUAUUUAUCGGCUUAAAUAAUAUUAUAUUAUACUUAUAAAAUAAAAUAUAUAUAUAUGUGUAACUUUGUUUAAAGAUNAUAUAACUAUGGAUUUUUACCUUAAAUAAUAACAGGGAGAAUACAAGGUGUAUCCCAGAGCUGUUAUACAAUGUAAACAAAAACAACAUCUUUUUGAAUUUAAUUUUUAUUUGAAUAGAAUAUCAAGUAACACUUCUGAAGUCAAAGGUAAUAUUACAUGUAUGAAACCAUUGGACGAUUCUGACAAUGUAAGUAUGUUUAUACUGGUUUUUUUUUAAAACUGAAUUGUGCCGUCUUGCAAAAAAUGACUAAGUGAAAUUUUAACUGUUCGUAAACUAUAAUAUUUAUGUUCAUUAAUAUUCAUCACAAUAGCUUGAAAAAUCAAAAACUAUUGAAAAUGUGUGUUUUAAAAUAUCCACGGAAAGGUGUAGAAUUUAAAAAAAAUUAUUUAAUCUUUUCGUUGAAUUUAAGAAGAUAUAGAAAAAAUGAAGAAAAUAAAUAACCGACUAACUUCUUUAUCAAAUGAAUAAACCCGACAAACGAACUUACUCAAACCACUUGGUCAAAAUCAAAUAUACGAAAAGAUGAAUAAUAUUAAUAGGAAUAAUUUAAUAUUAUUUUGAAUUUUAUUAAACAAAACAGCAAAUUAUUGAAAUCGUACCCAUAAAAAAAUAAACGUGAUAAUAUAUUAUAAUUACUAUAAGAAACCGUUGGACGAUUAACCUGAUGUUAAGUUUAAACAUUGAUUUAACAAGAUGUAUUAAAUAUUAAUUCAGUUAAUUUUAAUCUAGGGGUCAGAAAACUUUUUUAAUAAUUUUCAAUUUGGUAAAUUACUAAAAAUAUUAGUACUCCAUAUAUACGUAACUAGGUAUUACAAUUAUAAUCGCAAAAUGUUAUUAAUUUUUAAUUUGAAUUCACUAGGCGACUAACUUUGUUUAUAGAUAGUUAUGUCCAAUGCUAUCAAAGAUUCCAUCGGUGGUUGGAGAGACAAUAAUUUAAUUUACAAAAUUUCCAAAGCAUGUUCAUCGUUUGAGAAAGUAUUUGGUAACUUGAGAACCACAUUCAAUNUUAGACGUAAUAUUACGAAUUGUUAUUUAUUGGCUUAAAUAAUAUUAAAUUAUACGUUUAAAAUGAAAUAUAUAUAUAUGUGUAAAUUUGUUUAUAGAUAGUUAUAAUCAAUGCUGUCAAAGAUUCCAUCGGUGGUUGGAAAGACAAUGCUUUAAUUUUAAAAAUUUCCAAAGCAUGUUCAUCGUUUGAGAAAGUAUUUGGUAACUUGAGAACCACAUUCAAUCUAACAACAAAAAAUAAUAAUUUUAAUCGGAAUUGUCCAUAUCCUGCAGUAAAUAUAAUUCGCGUAAUGUUAUACUUUAAUAUAUAUUAUUCAACAAAUAUAUUUACGUUUAGGGUGUAUAUGUAUCAAAUGGUUUUGAUUUUACAAGUUUCAUGGCAAAUGCGAUUUUACCAAAACAAUAUUUUUACGGAGUUUACAAAGCUCGAUUUGAAAUGUUCGAUAAAAAAAACAAUCAAAUUGGUUGUGUAAUUUUUAUCAUAGAAGUUAAACGUCCCUGGGAAACCGAAUAA